AUGGGUCGAGCCCCAUGUUGCAGCGGCGAUCAUGCUGGUUUGAAGAGAGGUCCUUGGUCCCAUGAAGAAGACGAACGGCUCAGAUCAUUUGUGCUGCAAAACCCUAACACCAGUUGGCGCGUGGUCCCGCCCAAAGCAGGCUUGUUGAGAUGCGGCAAGUCAGCGCGCCUCCGUUGGAUGAAUUACCUCCGCCCAGAUAUAAGGAGAGGAAACUUCACACCUGAAGAGGAGAACCUCAUAGUUCAACUCCACGCUGCAAUUGGAAACAAGUGGGCAGUUAUAGCUUCCCAAAUCCCAGGAAGGACUGACAACGAGAUUAAGAACCUCUGGAACACAAGAUUAAGGAAGGUUUUAAUCCUCAAAGGAAUCAACCCGAUCACACAUCAACCCUUGUGCAAUCCCUUCUUAUCUGAUUAUGUGAAGCAAUGGAUCAAAUCCAUUGAGAACGUGAUUAUCUCCGGCCUAAUCACCCAAUCAUCAUCUUCUAAUGCUACUAUCAGUACUACUACUGAUAAUAAUCAUAUUAGCAGUAGUAACAGCGGCCUUUCUCUUGAUGCAUACCUUCCUCCUUUAAUGUCUCUAGAAAACUCCUUGAAUGGAGAGAUUCCUGAUCAAUCCCAACCAUUCGAUGCCCUACUUACACGUCCCACAUCUAAAACCAAUUCAUGGGUUGGUGAGAGUUCUCAUACUAAUGAUGGGAACUUCAUUGAUGAGUUUAUUUUGGGGGAAGAUGCUUCCUUAACCAAUAAUCUGAGUGAGUAUUUAAGGGGUGAGUUUGGAGAUAGUGCAAGUGACCCUUUCUUUGGAGACACCACAAGCGUAGAGAUGGACUCAAUGGCAUCUGCUGCAGCUUUAAAUUUGGAAGAAUGGUUCAAGUAUUGGAAUUGAUAGUGAGCAUGCACUGCUAAAGCUACCAUCAUACUCUCACCAGCCUGCUGUACCAGUGUCUCAUUUGUACGUGAGAUCCAGGCCAUUCAUUAGGUGCCCAUAAUUAAGCAACUCUAUAUAACUGGGACCACACAAAAUCUAAUUUUGUGGACAUGGGUGCUAAAAGGCGAAGCCAGCCUGGUGAAUUGCAUGAAUCUUAUACAGCCGUGUAGUGUUGGAACGCGUAGUGGGUAGUUUUAGCAUUUCUCAUUGAUCAAACCUCACAUUGAAAUUUGUAAACUUCUGUUAGAUUUGUGAAGAAAAGAUAUCUGUAUGAAUAGGUUUCCUAGAUUUCCCUUUUUUUUUUUUUUUUCUAAUUAUACUGUACAUGGUAAAGAAUAGAAAUCUGUGCAGUUUUCCC